UAGUUUUAGUUUUGUUGUUAACAAACUUAUUUCUCGCAUAACAUAACUAACAAUAUAUAUCUAUCUAUCUAUAUAGAUAUAUUACUUUAACCUCUGUUUCUCGCAUCUCAAAUUUCAUUCAUUCAUUCAUUCAAUUUUGUACCAACAAACAAACACUAAUUGACCAAUGUCAAUGGACCUUCAUUCCCAGGAUGCCAUCGAUCAAUUGCAGGCACUCAUCCAAAAAGUAGUUGAUAAGGACCCGUUUCUGCAGACAACAUUUCAGAAUGUUCAUCAAGGAUAUGUCACUCAAAACUUGACUCGCUUUCUAAAAGCAAGGGAUUGGGAUCCUUCUAAGGCUUAUCAAAUGUUGCUUGAUUGUUUAAACUGGAGAGUACAAAAUCAGAUUGACAAUAUAUUAUCUGUAAGUUUGCAUAUAAUUUCUUAUCUUAUCAGUGCAUCAUCAGCAGUCAAUUUUGAAGUUGCUAAUUACUCUAUUGCAUCACAUAUGUUUGUAUGGCGAUUCCUUUUUCAGAAACCAAUUCUUCCUGCCGACUUAUAUAGAACAAUACGUGAUUCACAACUCAUUGGAGUGUCCGGCUACACAAGAGAGGGUCUUCCUGUCUUUGCAAUUGGUGCAGGGCUUAGCACAUUUGACAAAGCAUCCGUCCAUUAUUAUGUGCAGUCCCACAUUCAAAUUAAUGAAUAUCGUGAUCGUGUAGUCUUGCCUUCUGCAUCGAAGAAGCAUGGACGGCCUAUUACCACUUGUGUAAAGGUUUUAGACAUGACUGGUCUGAAGUUGUCGGCCCUGAAUAAGAUUAAGUUGUUAACUAUUAUAUCAUCCAUUGAUGAUCAGAACUACCCUGAGAAGUCACAUACUUAUUACAUUGUAAAUGCCCCAUACGUAUUUUCAGCUUGUUGGAAGGUUGUGAAGCCACUUUUACAAGAGAGGACAAGAAGAAAAGUGCAGGUCUUACCAGGAUGUGGACGAGAUGAGCUAUUAAAGAUCAUGGAUUACCCAUCUCUGCCACAUUUCUGUAGAAAAGAAGGCUCUGGAUCAUCCAGACAUUUAGAAGGUGGAAACAAAAAUUGCUAUUCCCUGGAUCAUCCCUUCCAUCAACAGCUCUACAACUACAUCAACCAGCAAGCCAGACUCCACGAAGUUGUUGCACCCAUCAAGCAGGGAUCAUUUCAUGUGGAAUUUCCAGAACCUCCAGAUGUGGAUACAAGGAUUGCCAAGACUAUAGAGUCAGAGUUUGAUGGCCUAACCUUGAAUGGCGAUAAGGAACAAUUGAACAAUUGUACUGGAAGACAGGCCUAAUCCAAGACAACUCGAGCCCAGUAACAAGAAGGAAACCCACUAUAGCUGAAAAAGGUUAGCUUAAUAGCUCAAAAAACAGGAAAUGGGAAACUACUGAAAGAAGGAAGAAAGAAACAAAAGGUGUGGAACCCCAAUCUUGUAGAAAACUGGGAUGACUCGAUGAUUUCAUGAUGGAAGGAAACAUUAAUAGAUUCUUAGAGCCUUGAGGCUGUUAUUCUAUUAUUUUAAUUUCCAUCUUUAUUUUAUCUAUUUGUUAAUUGUAGAUUGAGGUCUCAAGUAGUAUGGAUAGGGAAGUGAGGUCUCAAGUAGUAUGGAUAGGGAAUAAAAAUAUAGGCCCCUUCUUGGGAAAGGCAUGCUAGACAAAGAAUCCUAAUUUGUAAGGAGUUCGACACUGACUCGAAGAGUGUGUAACAAUUCAAUAACUAUCACUUAUAUCACAGUUACAAAAAUUUGAGCA